GCAGAAAAUGCAUCCCAAAGAAUUGAGACUCCUGUGCCGGUGGCGAACCAGAGCGCCUGCAAAUUCUGGCCAUUGCAUGGCUACCAUUGGCAUAGGCAGCCUAAUUAGGCUAAUACAAAGGAAAGAUUCUGAAGGAGGUAUUCGCAAUAAGUUUUCCUAUUCAAAAGCAGUGCCAUUGACUUGCUAACCAGCUGCUGUCGAGACGCCCGUAAAGAAAUGCUGCAAAACAUGGGGGCGUGCACAAGUCCUUGUUGCUCGGGUGUGAUAAUCUGUAAUCAAGCUUUACUUGCCCGGGACAUAAGCGUCACACAAGAUCUUUACAAAACAUACCCACACAAAGCGAGAUGUAGCAGCCCCCCAGUGCUUUGCAGAGCUUCAAUGCCAGUCAGACAAUGCUUGCCAAUGAAGAAAAUUGGGCGGCAGAAGGAGCUUAACGAUGCAUGUCCAGUCUUGUCAAACACGUGGUCUUGUGGCAACAUGCAGAUUCCCACGUAUUCGAUUGGAGUUCGGUGCUCUGCUCACAAGGAGGCGGAGGGCCCGUCCUCGGUGGAGCAGGAAUCCAAGGAUAAGAGUGGCAGUAUCACAGGUUUCCUGGUCUCCCAAGCACUGAAGCUGUACCUGAAGACUCAGUUGGAUGCCGAGGAAGACCUGCAAGUCCUCGUCUUUGGUCGCAACCGCGACCUUCUGUCCGGCACAGUCAGAACCCUGGUUGUGACCGCCAAAAACGCGGUUUACAAGGGCGUGUCGGUCUCGGAGGCCUGCCUGACAGCGUCGAAAGUAAAAGUUACCCUCAACGGAGAGAAACGGGGGUUGAAAGAGCCGUUCGUGGUUGAAGCUAGCCUCAAGUUGACCGAGAAGGACUUUCAAAAGAGUUUGGCGAGCCCGUUGACAAGGAGAGCGGUACUGGAGGCCCUCCGUCCUGAGAACUUCUCACGUAGAGCGGAGGCAAAUCUGGACGUUCGGUUAGAAGAUGGCACCAUAGGUUUGCAACAGGGGUCGUCUCAAAGCCGACUUGGCCUUCAACUUAACGGAAGCGGGAACGUAUUGACCCUUGUUGACCUUGAUUCAAGAAAAGCUCGCGACGUCUUCUUAGGAGACGAUACACAUCUACGUAAAGUGGAGGUGUCGCCUAAUCUGCUGUCUUGUGAGGCAAGUUUUCUUGUAACUCCCUGAUUGGGACAAGGUCGUCCAGGAUUCCAUUCGAUAGAUAAGAUGCAUGCGUUAGGUAAGGCCAUCCGUCAUCAUUGUGGAACACUGUGGGCUUGAAUGAGAAAUGUAGUAUAGCCGCGGCAAUCACACACGGGCGCACU